AUUUCCACAAAAAGAAAAACACAUCGUUUUAAUGGAUUUUUAACCAUCUCUCUUUCUCUCUCUCUCUCUGCUUUUUAGGGUUCGAAAAUUAGAUUCGAUCGUGUCGCAACCCGUCUUGGUUUUCUCACCCAUUUUCUAUAUAUAAUCUCAAUUCAGCUCCCCUAGGGUUUCCCCUUUUUGCAAUUUCUUCGAUUUCUCCAAAAUGGAGGGUGUUGCGCUGCUCUGAUUCCUCCGAUUCUGCCCCAAAUCUUGGCAAAGCUUGGGUUUUUCCGCUACAAUUCAGCUCCCUGGAUGAAUUGAGCCUGCAUGUCGUAGCUUGGAGGGUUAAUUGUUUGUGAAAUAUUUAUUUUUGGGGGGCAAAUGUUUGCUACCAACAUGGAUUCGGCACGGGAUGUAAGUGGAGCUCAGAGCACAGUGUUGAUCCCAAUGCGCUUUGUGUGGCCUUAUGGUGGCAGAAGUGUGUUUCUCAGUGGUUCCUUUGCACGGUGGUCCGAGCUUGUUCCUAUGACGCCUGUUGAGGGUUGCCCGACUGUGUUUCAGGCUAUUUAUAGCGUUACGCCUGGUAUCCACCAGUACAAAUUCUUUGUUGAUGGGGAAUGGCGACACGAUGAGCACCAACCCUAUGCAAAUGGUGAAUAUGGGUUAGUUAACACCAUGGUCUUGGCUACAGACCCUAAUUUCUUUCAACCAAAUGUAGCUCCAGAGAUAACUCCUGGAACUCACAUGGAAGAGGACACUGAAGCCUUUCGGCGUUUGGUCCAGAUUACAGAUGGCACAGCUGAUGCUGUACCAAGGAUGUCAGAGGCUGAUCUGCAGGGCUCCCGUCAUCGUAUUUCUGUCUUCUUGUCUACGCACACCACUUAUGAACUACUUCCCGAGUCAGGCAAGGUUGUUGCCUUGGAUGUUGAUUUACCUGUAAAGCAAGCAUUUCACAUAUUGCAUGAGCAGGGGAUCCCUAUGGCACCACUUUGGGACUUCAGCAGGGGACAAUUUGUUGGAGUUCUUAGUGCAUUGGAUUUUAUUUUAAUAUUAAGAGAGCUUGGGAAUCAUGGGUCUAAUCUGACAGAGGAAGAGCUUGAAACACAUACUAUAGCUGCUUGGAAAGAAGGAAAAGCAUAUCUGAAUGGACAAAUUGAUGGUCAUGGGAGAGCAUUGCCAAGACGUCUCGUCCAUGCCGGGCCAUAUGAUAAUUUAAAAGAUGUUGCUUUGAAAUUUUUGCAAAAUGAUGUGGCUACCGUUCCAAUUAUCCAUUCAUCUUCAGAAGAUGGCUCAUUUCCACAGCUAUUACACCUUGCUUCGCUGUCUGGUAUUUUAAAAUGUAUUUGCAGAUAUUUUAGGCAUUGUUCUAGCUCAUUGCCCAUUCUCCAAGCACCAAUACGUGCACUUCCUGUGGGUACUCGGGUUCCAGAAAUUGGAGAGCCAAAUCGUCGGCCAUUAGCAAUGUUGAGGCCAAGUGCUUCACUUAGUGCAGCUUUAAACCUAUUAGUUCAAGCUCAAGUAAGUUCGAUACCUGUAGUUGAUGAUAAUGACUCUUUGCUGGAUAUAUAUUGUCGGAGUGACAUUACAGCUCUGGCUAAAGAUAGAGCAUAUGCACAUAUUAAUCUCAAUGAAAUGACCAUUCAGCAGGCAUUGCAGUUGGGACAAGACUCGUACUCUCCUUUUGAGCAGAGAAGUCAAAGAUGUCAGAUGUGUUUACGCUCUGAUUCGCUUCAUAAAGUGAUGGAGAGAUUAGCCAAUCCAGGUGUCAGACGACUUGUCAUUGUUGAAGCUGGCAGUAAGCGGGUUGAAGGCAUUGUUUCACUAAGUGACGUUUUCAAGUUCUUGCUUGGUUAGCACACAGUAAUGGAUGAUAAAGUUGGAAUGUGUUUGUUCAGACAGGUUUAUAAGCACACCAUCUCUACCCAACUGUUGAUUAGAGAAUCCAGUAUUUCACACGGUGACUUGAUCUGGUUUCAUUGAAAUUACAUUGGAUUGGCCUCCUCACUUCGCCUGGUGUUUUAGGAUUUUAGGCUAUAGGAGAGGCCUGUAAAUUGAAGGAUUUCAUUCCCUCCAAAAUUUGUUGAUCUUCCCCCCUCCAUCAUUGAUUAUACAUUAUGCUGCUAAUGUAGAUGGGAUGGUACUGAAUAGCAGGGAAUUUGCUGUAUUAUUUUUCUGUUAAAAGUAGGGGAAAAAAAUGCAACAAUGGUGGGGUGGAAGAAUGCUGAACAAUUGAAGUUAUUAUGUACUAUGCUUACUUGUUGACAUGUAAUUGGCUUUUUGGUUAUAUUCUUCUCGUGGUUUGAUCUUCAAACAUUGUAAUUAGCGGGCGAAUUGAGAAUUCAAUAAAGAACCAUAUCAUGUUGUUGUUGUA